CUAGUUUGUAUUUUACUGCACGUUUUGGUAGUACGUAAUCGUACGUGAACGUUAAUUUUUGUUUCAAGGUUUGUACGUAUCGGUUUUCGUAAAUGUCUCUGUGCUAUCAUAUUGAAUAAUGUGCGAAAAUAAUCACAGUUACGUAAUUGUAUUGCUUCGAGUGUAAAGUCGUGAACCGUGUUGAGUAAUUACAUACUGUUAUCUGCUGGAAUUAAUGGCGGUGAUGACUGUAGCUUACAAACGCAGAAGUUUUGUAAAGUGAAUUGUGAUUUCAUCAAAUUUGUUUCAGUUACAGUUCAGGAAUCCUUAAACUGUUUUUCUAGGAAAGGCGAAAUGCAAUAGAUGUAAUGGGAGGAUGAAGGUGCUGACGACCAUGCAUGACAGAGAAGAUGGCAGGCUGUGACUCGGGCUGCAGCAACAUUUCCAUCAUGCAGUUGUUCCACGAGUUGAAGCAGAAAUUCCCCGCUGUGCCCGACAGAGUCGUCAGUGAGUGUAUUAGACAGAAUGCCCAUGACAGGAAUGCCUGUGAGGCAAUCCUGAGACGUGAGAACCAGGGUUACCUCCUGCAUAGCUACCCUGUUGCACUGAAGAUGUCAGCAGAGCCCCCAGACAACUCCCCCACGCUAUGUGACCAGUCUGUGCUCAGUAAUGAAACUAGUGUGCCUGGUCCACAGACAAAUAACUUUGAGUUUCUGGCUAAUGUUGAUGAUCGUGAUGUGAGAGACAGGACUGUUAGUGUGGUGACAUAUCACAGUGGUGAGGAGCAACCUGACAACUAUGAAGUCAAUGUUAACUAUAGUACGAGCCCCAGUGCUCGUAUGAGGUCUGCACUUCAGGUCUCUCCAUCUCCACAUUAUCUGUGUGCUCCGCCUCAGCAGGCACGUUCCUACACCUCAGUCAACUUGACGCUGCGUCCUCCUUCAUCAGAGCCACAGCCUCCCAUUGACAUCCGGUCCGCAGGUUCCAGUUUGACAUACUCCACAUGUUCAUAUGAUCCACGACAAGGCUUUCAGUCACAGCUGCAGAUCUGUAUUGGUCCUGCUGGGGUGGGCAGCAUAUCAGCUCUCCGGACACAUGCAGUACCCAUACAUACAUCCUGCACACCAGCACAUGAGGGGGGACAGGAGGAGCGGUUGCAGUCCUUCACACAUGUUCUUCUGCAGCAGCAGUUGGAGCGCAAGAAUAAGCUUCAGCGAGAACUGAGGAAAGAGAAAGAGAACCUGCGUGCGAUGCAGAGGGAGGUUCAGGAGAUGAGAAGGGAUCUUGAAUAUCGGCAGCGAUGCAAACAGACCAUGUCUCCACCUGUCGUGUCCUCUGUGUUGCAGAAAGUACAAGAGCUACGAGUGGAGAUCCAGAGGCUGCAGGAAGAAUGUAAGAAGAUGACACAAGAGGUGGACCUCAGUUUGGAUGUGCAGGUGCCACUUGGGGAAACAGAUGAAGAGUUUUACAAAAAUAUCUACACUGGGCAGCAGGGCUUCAUCUUUCCCCCAUCCUCACAACCCCCUCCACCAAGACCUGGGAGAAGACUUCAGCAUGGAGACUCAGCAGAUGGUCCCCAUUGGACCUGCACACAGUGUACAUUCCAAAACCAUCCCCUGCUGGACAAGUGUGAGACAUGCGAGAUGCCACGUUUAUUGCUAGGUACUGACACAUGCUAUUGCCAUCCCAUUCCUUCAAAGACCUUCUCACCCAACCCAGUGGUAAUGCAUGUGGAAAAACUGCCUCCUACUGAACCAGCGUGUGAAUUGUGGAGUGAUUAACUACAUGACGUGACUAACAGAACAAGGGCUCAAACACACCAUCACCUCCCACUUCUCCUUAUACUAAAUGAAUAGUGUACCUGGCCAAUGCCAAGUGCACUGAUUUUGUUCAGUCACUGUUUGUGCAUCCUGCGAGACCACCAAGCAUCUCUGUGGUUGGACCAUAUAGAGGAAAUGUUCAUAUGAACAGGCGCAGUUUCUGUUCUCGUUCUUGUUUCUUCAUUGCGUCGGAAACAUACAGUGCUGCAGAGGUGCUUCUGUAAGGCAAUAAUUAGUCAGAGUUAAGUAAAUAUAAAGUAUGAUUUAUUUUCUUUUGCCAAGUGACUUGGUUAAGAAAAGAGGAUCCAGAUUGUAGAACUUGAAAGCUUUUUUGCUGAAUGUUGAACAGUCCAUCAUGUCAUUGUAUCAAGAACAUUUCUUCAUCGAUAUAGUGUAACUGUGGGAGCAUGUUUUUUGUCUUUAUAUUUUAUAAUGUAACUAAUGUAAUGCCUAUUAUAAAUUCAGCAGAAAGUCUG